GAGACUGACUCUAGGGGUUUUGCAGCAAAACUCUAUUUCUGGUCGACAUCAAGACACAGUACCGGUAUUCCAAUUGCAAUAAUGGGCCCGGAAUGGGGGUUUCCAAAAAAUAAAAAAAUAAUGGAGAAACCCUAUUUUUUACCAUUUUUCCUAAACAUGCCCAACCAAACUCAUCCCAGGAUGACUGUUAUCUCAAAUGGCCGCGUGCCAAACACCCCCUAAGGUCUGAACAAUGCACAAGUAUGAAACCUCGCUUGACCAUAACACAACUGAUAGGGAAAAACAAGGAAAAAAUGGAGGGACUGGAAAAGUGAUAGAACAAUGGAAAAUCCUUCUUGAAACUAUCGUAGGAUGAACUCGAGGAAAUAGAUUAGCAAACCACCAAAAUGUGAUGGGUCGCAGGAGUAGUCGGAGAUGCAAGUCGUGCUUUGAGGGUUUAGCAUUUUCUGAACGGGCGGACAGCUAGUCCGCACCCUUAACUUUAUGGCGGCUAGUACGGUACGAGUACAUUAGAAAGAUAGAUGAAGUUCCAGUCGACUCGCACGAGCAGACUUUGGUACGGUAGUCUACGGGGGCGUGGGCUUUGCUUCCGCACUUGAAAUGGGUUGUCAACUAAUCUCCGAGGAAUACAGAUACUCGAAGGUGGGGGAGGGAGAUCGCUGCUGGCUAAAAACCCACAACAUGAAUUUCUGUCGUGUGAAUCAACCUUGCGCUCUUGCUUCCUUCUACAAAACUGAUAUGGCGUGAAGGGAGAAGGAACUGGAGAAUACCGGGAGGGGAGCGGUAUCUGGGGCCUGUUUCUUCCCUGAGAUCCUGUAAAGGGUGACCGGUGAGGCUCCUGUUUGUGAUGAUCGAUUGUUCGCUUACCGUGGUAGUUUGGGUGACAUUCGGAGUCCCUUAUCAGUUGGAGCUCGGGGCCAGAGAUAGAGAGACACGCUCGCAAUUUCCACCCUCACACACCUACAUGCUCGCCCCCCAUACACACAAUCCAUGUCCACUUUCGCCCUGCAGCUGAGCUCUCUCCUUGUUACUACCGAUAUGGGGAACUCUGUAGCGAUGACACCGGUAAUUCCUGGAAGCUAUCUCGAGUCUACGGGCUGAGGUUUUGGCUAGCUUCUUAUCUGCGGUAUGAUGAUGGUACUGCUUGAUUGUCUAUCUGCGAGUGCUCGAGUACCGUACAUCCUCCGCCCUCCCCCCCCCCCUUGCUCGUGGUCCAUCUUCCCAUCCCUCCCCCCUUUCCCUCAUCCGUGCUGUACUCGUAUAAUACAAUUUUAUUUCCUUCCUCCUCCCGGUUGCCGUGCUCUAUUGAUCUUGUUCUGCAUCUAAGACUUCGUAUAAUCGCUUCGAUCUCGAUGGUGAGACGCGCAUAGGAAACGGUUGACUACGCGCCCUCUUGUUUAUAUUUGCUCGUCUUCGCCUCAGUGGCAUCACCCAACGAAACAGACUGAUCCUCUUGGGACUUCGCCAGGAGGUAGCUGGAGCUGGGACUUUUGGGGUGCGUGUCGUUUGCUCCCGAAAAUCGAGUGGUAAAGGUUGUCUCAUGAGACUUCCCCCACCGUCUCCAUAUAUCAUGAGCUAAUCCCCCUGUUCGUUAGUUAAAAGUGGAUUUUUUGAGCCCCGUGUGCUAUUUCCUCUUCUGAAGUGAAGACUGUGUCUCAUGUUCGAGGUUUUACGUAAAAUAGGUCUUCAGAAACUAGGGUCCUUUUCUACCCUUACCGGAGAAUAGAAAACACGGGUGCAACCCCUUUCCAUGCCUGGGCGUGCCCUCAGAAGUUUGAAUUCUAACACUGUGGUGGAUUUAGCUUUCGGAGAGAGCUUGGGCCCUGCACUCUGCGGCUUUGCAGCCAUAGGCUUGGGCUGUUUGCCCCUCUUUGUUGGAUCGGAUUCUGUCGGAUCGAACUUUAUCCGCGGGGUUCAGCGUCACCAGUUGUCGAUUCUCGGUGUUUUUUGUCACUCGCUCCUUUCCAUUUUUUUCAUCUUCACGGUGUUUGCCCGCCUCUGGAGAUUUCGACUUCCUUUUCAUCUUUAUCUACUCCGCGGUUUAAACGUCUAUAUUCGGGGCAUGCCAGGGGAAUCACGACUGUUUUCCCUAUUCGGUACCGCCAAGACUUGAUCCUAUAAUUUGUUCGCUAUAUAGCUAGCCAAUUUUAGGGGUCUUGUUACCGUACUGUGCUAUCGGAGGGGCCAGGUGUGAUACACGGCGCGAGGAUUUAUCAUCGAUUGCAGCCGCUGCCAAUCCGGCUCGGUUGGAUUUCGAGAAGUUUGUGACUUUUAGGCAGCUAUGUUGCCGCCCCACUGUGAACCCCAAGGGGCUUUCCUUACUGCCAUUUCCUCCGCCUUCGGGACAUGUGUCCCUUCGACUGUAAGUUUGAUAUCAACGGUUUUCGGAGCGUUAUCGAUGCUCUCUUGGCUGUGUGCCCAGAUACCACAGGUACAUAAAAACUACCUCAACCAGUCUGUGGAAGGAUUAUCAUGGGCAUUUAUGGCGAUUUGGCUGGCCGGUGAUAUAUGUAAGUAGUUCCUAUGCAUCUGGCCGAAAGUUGAUCUCGGGGGUGGGGGUUUUGAAGGGAUUAACCGCUGAUUUGUGGAAACAGGCAAUUUUACGGGUGCAAUACUCCUCCAGCAACAGUUUUUUCAGAUCGCUAUAGCUGCAUAUUACGUUUUAAUAGACACGGUCUUGGUGUUCCAAUUUUACUACUAUGGAUUCGGGUCGGAAAGGCUCGAUCGACGCGCUCCUGCGAUUAAGAAGAGUGAGGGCGAGAUUGAGGAGGAUAGUAACCAAAGCCCAUCUCCAUACAGCUAUGGGACCAAUCAAGUUUGCAUUACCCGCUCCAAACUCUUUAGGGUCAUGCCCAUCUAACAAACAUCGCAGAAUCCUGACCUCGGCGGAUCGAGGGAUAGGGUGGCAAGGACAUAUCGUGACAACCGCAGCUUUCUGACUAUAGUCUUUGGAUCAGCGGCGUUGUUUUCAUCCCGGGCACAUGCCGCACCUACGGGAAUCCAGGCUCCUCUCGCAGAGAUUGAUAUAGGUCAAGUCUUGAGCUGGACAAGCUGCAUGCUGUUAGUAAUCUAAGCCCUCACCCCUGCAUGUAUUGAUCCUGACCCCCGACACAGAUACUUCUCCUCCCGAAUCCCCCAAAUCUUGAAGAACCAUUCCCGCAAAUCAACUGACGGCCUUUCACCAAUCCUCUUCAUGGCCGCUUUCUCGGGAAAUUUCUUUUAUUCCGCAAGUCUGAUCAUUAACCCACUUGGCUGGAACGACUAUCCUGCCUACGGAGGCGGUGGGCUCGCAGGACCGGAUGGCAGCGCCGCAGACGAGUGGUGGAGCAGAACACUCCCGUUCUUCCUGGGAGCCUGGAGCGUGGUUAUUAUGGAUACUAUUGUUGGGUUGCAAUUCUAUCGCUGGCCACCGAAGAAGGAUAAGUUAGAGGUAGUAGGGGUGCAGGUAGAGGGCGAGAGACAGGGUUUACUCUCGGAAGUAGAGAGCUCAUGUAAUGAUGCCAGAACUGGUUAGGAUUGGAGUUGGGGGGUUUCAUCCUUUUUCUUUCGGGGAACUCGUUUUACUGUUGCUGGGUUUUCGUCUUCACAUUUUGCUCAUCUAUAGCUCGCGCUUGGGGUCUGGCUGCUUGGCUUAAAUUUCCGUGGUUUUAGAGGUGCUAGAGGGAUUUUUUGUACCUUUUUUUCCUAUUUACAUUAGCUGGAGUGGGGCAAGGUAGAGUUUGGUCAGGUUCGCUUUUUUUUUGUCGCUUCAAUUUAUCGCUAGCUAUUUGGCAUCUCUUUUCCUGAACGGUUCAUGUCUCACAAAGAGUCGCUUUCAUAAUCACUUUUAGUAAGAGCAAUUGAAAGUAGGGAACUUGACAAGAAAUGGGGGAGAAAGGACACCUUCCUUUGCUUCCUCUUAUCCCCCCUAGUCAGUCAAUCGAGUAAGUUAAUCAAAACACGUGAAUCUUCGGCUCCUUAGCCCCCCCGAACGUUUUCUUGACCAUAUCCCCAUAAUAUACAACUCCGAAGAUUAAUCCGUUGAGUGUGGAUGCGUGGUUGAGAAUCGCAUUCUGCUGGGGGGUUCUGGAGGUUAGCAUUUCUACGAUCGCGGGGGGGUAAGGGUGCGCACACAGCAGGUAGCAAAGUCGAACAUCUUCGUGUUUUUAAGCAGGAUGUGCGGGAAGCGAGUUGGUUUCUUGGUGGUAGGGUUGGGGAGGGGGGGCAUGAGCGGUAUGAGGUGUGAUAUAUACUGUUGUCGGGGGUAGGAUAGAAUGCGGCAGGGUAUACGGAGGUACAGCUCCUAAGUUUCGUAUGAUACAAGUAUGCUUCACAGGGGCCAAGGGCAGCAAACCUCGCUUGUGGAACCCACAGAGCUUAGGCUCUGUACCUCCGUAGGUGAUCUACCGGUACCGGUAUGUGGGAUUGGGGAUUUUGGUGGUUAAGGCCCGUGGUUGGAAGCGCACCGUGUGCCGGUACCAGGUAUUGGGCCUUUUUGGGGGCGUUUGGGAUGCUCAUUGUUGGGAUGAGUGGGGUGAUGUGAUUUAAUGAGCGGAGAGGGGUGGUGGCGGGGAGAGGGGGUUUGGUUUGGGUAGGGGCUUGUUUUGAUGCGGAAUGGAGU